UUUGAUCACUUCCGCUUGUCAAAGGACACAAACAUGGCUGCCAUGUUGUGUCUGUAACACCUGGGUUUCAAUGUUAACUCUCUCCACGGGUUAAACACCUCAACAAUUUGAAUCCACAGGUCCACUCACCAGCCAGGUCAUGUUCCGGGUCAUCAGCGGGAGGAGCGUCCAGGCGGCCCGGCUCCUCGCGCCGAGGAGCGCCGUGCUCGUGGAGGCUGUGCGGGGCCGAAAAUCCCGCACCGACCCGGUGGCCAAGUCCAAAGUGGGGCGGAUUAAAGUGCCUCCCCCCGUGGAUCCGGUGGAGAUGCUGGUCCUCAAGGAGAGAUACUCGGAGUACGAGCUGAUCAUGAGGGCGCUCCGCCUGGAGUUCAAGGAGGAGGUGCUGCGUAAGAAGUACGAGGAGGAGACGGGCUCGCAGGCGGAGGAGAGGGCGAGGCAGGAGGAGGAGGAGCAUCGCGCCCUGAUAGACUGGAAUGAUCAGGAGAACCUCCGGAUGCUGAAAGCCAGGAUAAUAAGGGUCCAGAAGGAAGAAGAGGAAGCUGAGAGAAAGAAAAUGGAAGCCGCCAUUCAGCGCGAACAGCAACUAGAGGAGUCCAUUAGACUCAGAGAAAAAGAGAUUUUGCAGCUGCAGGAGGAGGCCAAGAACUUUAUCACCUUGGAGAACCUGGAUCAGCGAAUCGAGGACGCGCUGGACAACCCGAAGAAUUACAACUUUGCCGUUGACAAAGAGGGCAAAGUGGUCAAAAGGACGGUGCUGCAGUGAAACGGCUGAUUCCAUAUGAGCGUGCAGGUUUUUUUUUUUUUUUUUUUUUUUACAUCAGGACUUUGAUCAGAGUUCAGCGAUCCGUUUCACUCCGGGAGAUGAUGCUCGCUGAACCUGAAUGCUGGAAACGGUUUAUGGACCUGAGUGCUGGGAAAAACGCCCCGGAGUCUCUGAAGGCCACUUCAGGUCUGGGCCUGGAAGUUUAACCCCAGCUUUUCUUUUCCACAUCUCUGGCUUGUUCUUUCUCUCAGACACAACAUGAGCCUUUAACCCUGCUCCCUUCUUCAUGCUAGGUGUAUUAUUGUAAACAUGUGCAGCUUGCAGACCCCUUUUCAACAUUAAAGUAUAAAAAUAUAUGACAUGUA